CGACACAAACUGCUUAAAUCUUCCCCGCCUGCCUUCUCACCUUGACCAUGACCUGCUGCCUCUAUGACAGCUACAGUUAGCACCUAAUUACUUACUCUGAUGAUGGCCGACACUACUACAAAAGCAUCCCCCGUGGAGUCGUUGCCACUCCCUGCGGGUGUCACGUCCAGAAUCGUCAAGACGGCCGCCCUCUCGUUCCACAUUCUUGAGGCCGGAUACUCUCCAGCGCGCGAUCGUCCUCUCGUGCUGCUGCUGCAUGGCUUUCCCGAGUUGGCCUUCUCCUGGCGCAAGGUGAUGCCGCGCCUCGCGGAUGCUGGGUUCUAUGUCGUCGCCCCCGACCAGCGCGGGUUCGGCCGCACGACGGGCUGGGACGACCGGAGUUUUGAACUGGUCGAUCUCGCAACCUUUUCGCUGACCACGCUGGUGCGCGACAUGGUGGUCUUGGUCCAUGCCCUGGGCUAUCACUCCGUCCGAUGUGUCGUGGGCCAUGACUCGGGCGCCGUGUCCGCCGCCAUGUGCGCGCUUGUCCGCCCAGAUUUCUUCCGCAGCGUCGUCCUCCUGAGCCAUCCGUUCAAUGGCACGCCUGUGCUGCCCUUCAACACGGCCAACGACCCGGCUGCUGCUUCGGCGGCGAGGGCCAGCGGCGGCGCAGAGGGCGCGGCACCCGAUGUCCACGGCGCACUGGCAGCGCUGGGCCGGAAACACUACAAAUGGUACUACUCGACCGAGUCUGCCAACUCGGAUAUGAUGACGGCCGCCCAAGGGCUUCAGCAUUUCCUGCGGGGAUAUUUUCACCUCAAGAGCGGGUCGUGGGCCCGCAACGACCCGCAUCCUCUCGGCGCCUGGACCGCAUCCGAACUGGCCCAGCUGCCAUACUACUACAUCAUGCCCUUGGAUGCCACCAUGCCUGAGGCUGUUGCGCUGGAUAUGGCCAACGAACCUCCCGCAGACCAACUCGCAUCUCACUCCUGGCUUCCAGACGCGGACCUGGCCGUCUAUGUUGCUGAAUACUCCCGCACCACCUUCCAGGGCGGCCUGAAUUGGUAUCGAGUCCGUACGGCAGCCGGUGGCCGCUACACCCACGACUUGGAUACGUUUGCAGGGAAGAAGAUCGAAGUCCCCUGCGCCUUUAUCUCUGGUCGACAGGACUGGGGGACCUACCAAGAGCCUGGGGCCGUCGAGAAGAUGGCUAACGGUACUGUGUGUACGGAUUUUCGCUUCUUGCAGAUUGUUGAUGGCGCGGGCCACUGGGUGCCCCAGGAGAAGCCGGAGGAAGUCGUCGAAGGGAUCCUUCGACUGAUCAACAGCACUUGAGUGACACGACAUGUAGUAUUCUGAUUUCAUUCUUCGGUCUCGAUUUGAUCUGUACCUCAUGUUUUAGCUCUGUGGGCCGUAUGCCGCCACACUCACUGCGGGCAGUGCUCCAUAAGUAAUAUAUCCAGAAUACACCUGCUGAUAACAUGUAUUUGCACUCGUAGGAUAAUACGUCUAUUUCUUAUUGUCUCAAGAUGCACAUGCCGCAUUCUUAAUACAUAUCAUUUUCCAGAAAAACAUGCAUUGCCUAUUCUGGCAUUUGGACCAGCGGCACGAGCAUGUCUAUAUAGUAUUCAUUUAUCAUAUCACGACAGGCCACUUCUCAAGAAAACUAAAAAUCAAACUAGAGAUUUCUACUCCAUAUAGCUAGAUAAUAAAUAACUUGCUCCAACCUGCUCCAACCCACCCACCGCCUCUAAACCACCUAACAACCCU